AUGGCGGCCGCGCUGCGCCGCAUCCGCUCACCGCGGCUCCGCCUCGGUGCCAGCUUCCCUUACCACAGCGCCGCCGGUGACUCCAAUCAUGUCCAGGACCCGAACCGCCGCAUCGCGGACCUAGCCGCCGCUGGGCGCGUCUCGGACGCCCGCAGCCUAUUCGACCGAACGGCGGACCGGGACGUGGUAUCCUGGACGGCGCUGGUCGCGGCGUACGCGCGCCACGGUAUGCUCCAGGACGCCAGGGCCCUGUUCGAGCGCCCCGACGCGCGCCGGAACGUGGUCACCUGGACGGCGCUCCUCUCCGGCUACGCCAGAGCCCGCUGCAUCGACGAGGCGAGGGCGCUGUUCGAGCGGAUGCCGGAGAGGAACGCUGUCUCAUGGAACACGAUGCUGGAGGCGUACACCUCCGCCGGCCGCUUGGAUGACGCGUGCGCUCUGUUCAACAGUAUGCCUGUAAGGGACGCCGGUUCCUGGAACAUCCUUCUGGCCGCGCUUGUACGAUCGGGGAUCAUGGAUAAGGCGCGGAAGCUGUUUGAGAGAAUGCCAGAGAGGAGCGUCAUGUCAUGGACAACAAUGGUCUCCGGCAUUGCUCGGAGUGGAAGUGUUGACGAGGCUCGGGCGCUGUUUAAUGCCAUGCCAGAGAGGAAUGUCGUGUCUUGGAAUGCCAUGAUCUCUGGAUACGCACGAAACUGCAGGAUCGAUGAAGCUCUUGAUUUGUUCAUGAACAUGCCCAUGAGGGACGUUGCUUCUUGGAAUAUUAUGAUCACCGGUUUUAUCCAGAACAAGGAUUUGAACAGGGCAAAAGAACUCUUUGAUAAGAUGCCUACAAGGAAUGUAGUCACCUGGACUACUAUGAUGAAUGGCUGCUUGCAAGGUAAUGAGAGCGAAACUGCCCUACAGUUAUUCAAUGGUAUGCUCAUUGAUGGGAUCAGACCAAAUCAGGUGACAUUUCUGGGUGCUGUUGAUGCGUGCAGCAAUCUUGCCGGACUUAGCGAAGGGCAGCAGGUGCAUCAGAUGAUAUGCAAAACAUCAUUUCAGUUUGAUACUUUUAUCGAGUCCACCCUCAUGAAAUUAUAUGCCAAAUGUGGAGAAAUCAGAUUGGCAAGAAAGGUGUUUGAUCUCUCAAGGGAGAAGGAUGUAGUCUCUUGGAACGGGAUGAUUGCAGCAUAUGCACAUCAUGGACGUGGUGUAGAAGCUAUAGCAUUGUAUGGCAAGAUGCAAGAAAAUGGAUAUAAGCCUAAUGAUGUCACAUAUGUGGGAUUGCUCUCAGCAUGCAGCCACUCUGGUUUGGUCGACCAAGGGCUUAGGAUCUUUGAAUAUCUGGCAAAGGAUAUCUCCAUUGCAGUGCGGGAUGAACAUUACACCUGCUUGAUUGAUCUUUGUAGCCGAGCUGGACGACUUGAUGACGCAAAAAGAUUAAUUCACGGUCUUAAGCUUAAGCCUAAAUCAAGUACUGUCUGGAAUGCCCUUCUAGGAGGUUGUAAUGCACAUGGAAAUGAAAGUAUCGGUGAUUUGGCAGCUAGGCAUCUCUUAGAAGCAGAACCUGAUAAUGCUGGAACUUACACUCUCUUAUGUAACAUUUAUGCUUCUGCUGGUAAGUGGAAAGAAGCAGCAAAGAUUCGGUCUGAGAUGAAUGAUAGAGGACUAAAGAAACAACCAGGAUGUAGUUGGAUUGAGCUGGCAAAUAAGGUCCAUGUAUUUGUAGCACGUGACAAGUCCCAUAAUGAGUAUGGCUCAAUCAAUAGUAUGCUGCAAGGUAUUCAUCACAUGAUGAGGAUGGGUGGCACUGUUCCCAGGGACUAUAUGCAGCUUACAAAUGAGGAGCUAGUGGAUCGUAUAAUUUGAAAUAUAUUCAAUUAGAGUUCGAGGAUUAGUCAAAGGAAGUAUCUUGCAGCACUCCAUCUGUCAACUAGCCUACAGUCUAGAGUUUAUACCUAUGGUGUUAGUGUUACCUAUGAUCUCAAUGCUAUGGCAUCGCACCUGAGGCUAAGAUGGCCUUCAUCUUUGGAGCAUUAUUUUCUAGCAAACACCUGGGCUCUUCUCUGUUCAGAGUUCUGUGGAAUGCUAAUAUCUUUUUCAAGGCUGGGGGAUAAUCAAGGACCUUACAGAAGUCUUGAUCUUUAUCUUUGAUCCUUGAAUCUUAUUUCUCUGGUGCACUGUCUGCAGCUUUGCCACGUUUGA